GGUUACCCUUUAGUCAAAAUAAACCUGCAGAAGUGGAGGUGCUUCAUGACCUCCACGCAUUUGUGACUUUUUAAAUGAAGCCUCGACCCCACAGAGACCCUCGAAAUGGCAGAUGAACCCCAGCAGACAGACGUUAGCAGCAGUCAUGACGAGGAGAACAAACGGUAUUGUUGGGUAUGUUAUGCAAGUGAUGAAGAUGAUGAAACGGCACCAUGGGUUAAACCAUGCAAAUGCAGAGGCACCACAAAAUGGGUACAUCAGUCAUGUUUGCAGCGAUGGGUGGAUGAAAAACAAAAGGGCAACUCUACAGUGAAGGUCAACUGUCCACAGUGUGGAGUGGAAUAUUUCAUUGCCUUUCCUAACAUGGGUCAGUUAAUGUUGUUUCUGGAUAGAGUGGAUGCUUUUAUAUACAAAGUGUGUCCAUUUGUGGCUGCUGGUGUUGUUGUUGGCUCCAUCUACUGGACUGCUGUUACAUAUGGUGCCAUCACUGUCAUGCAAGUUGUUGGGUACCAGGAAGGCAUGGCACUGAUGGAACAAGCUGACCCACUGGUUCUUCUGGUUGGGCUGCCUACAAUCCCUAUCUUCCUCAUUUUGGGAAAAAUGGUUCGUUGGGAAGAUAAGGUCCUCAGACUCAUCAGGGCAUCAGUUCAGAGACUUCCUUUCCUAAAAUACCUCCUACCUGCGUUCCGAUAUGAAGAGCCAGCUGGAGUGAGUACGACAGCAGUAAUAAGUGAUCCUGUGAAUGCAACACGAGUUCUCUGUGGCGCCCUCUCCCUUCCAACUCUUGCUACAAUUGUAGGACGACUCUUCUUCCCAUCUGCUCACGACAAUCUUACGAGAACUCUACUUGUGAGUACUGGAGGUGCAUCAUUCUUGGUGGUGAAAGGUCUGUUCAAGGUAUAUUACAAACAGCAGCAGCACGUGAUGCAGAGCAGACGGAAGAUUAUAGACUAUCCUCAGGAUUCGUCAACGUCUCAGGUUCCGGCAGCCUCCACUCCUCGGGCCCCACCCCCUACGCCGCAGGAACUUCCCGAUAACCCAUCUAUGCCGAACACUCAGUCUUUGUCCAACCAAGAAUUUGAUCAACAGUUCUUGCAACAGCAACAAUAAAGUUUGCAAAGAACUUAAUUAGAUAAUAUUUUCUUCAAAAGAUUUUAUUCAGGAAACUCGUUGUAUUCACAAGUUUUAUCCUGAAUCUAUUUUGUUAAAUGUGAGGUGUGGAAAAAUAUAUACUGUAUAUACAGAGUGACUGUUGGUUAUAUUGUAAUUGCCUCUUAUUUGGCUACACUGUUAAAUAUACCUCUGUAAAUACUGUAUACUUGGUCUCAACUUCUGAACUGCACUAAAGGAAAUGACUUUCUAAGUGAAUUUUGGAAGAGUUUUGGAAAUAUACACAUUGAAAAGAAAAAUCUGCAUGUUAUCUUAAUGACUGGGUUACUACACUAUCUGCAACUGGUUUAGUUGUGACCUAAUCUGUCCUCAUUCCCCCCCCCUAAGUAUCUUCCCCUGGGUGGACAAAUCUGGUGAAACUGACUAAAAGCUCUUCUGUAUUAUAUCUAGAUGUUUGUGA